CUCCAAUGUCCCCCAACAUCCAUCGUCAGAUUCCCAUUAUGAUCCCUUUCCUUGUCAUCUCCAACCUCACAUCGCUUGCUUGGAUCACACACAUCAUCAUCAUCAUCAUGUUGAUUCCGCUCCUUCCCCCUCUCUAAUACCAACCUUGGACGACUCCUCACUUACAGUUCACUCCUCGCCUCUCUCACAAAGAAAGGCCAAGCCUUCAAGUCUACUCUAUUCCCCUUCACUCUCCCCCUCCUCUCUCUCCAACUUCCUCCUCCUCCUCUUCUCCUCUCAACAACAACCAUUUCAAGAUCCCUCAACCCAAACCACCCCUUCUCCUCCCCUCUUUGACCUUUCGUUCCACAAUCUUUCCCUCCUCCCAUUUGCUACAUUCCUUCUUUGUUCCGUCAAGAUCCAAUUUUUGUCUCUCUUUAAAUGGCUACUUCCACCUCCAAACCCUCUUCUAGGCUCUCCAAACCCUCUUCCUCCUCUUCCAAAUCCCAAUCUUGCUCUUCCUCCUCUUCUGGCCUUUCCUCCCAUGUCGCCAUGGUGGAGCUCAAGUCGCGGAUCCUCGCGGCCCUCGCGAAGCUAUCCGAUCGCGACACCCACCAGAUCGCCGUCGACGACCUCGAGAAGAUCAUCCGCACCCUCCCCGCCGAGGGCGUCCCCGUGCUCCUCAACGCCCUCGUCCACGACCCCUCCCUGCCUUCGCCCACCCCGCAAGACACCCCCGGCUCCAAGCACCCCUCCUUUCUGAUCGCUCGCCGCGAGUCCCUCCGCCUCCUCGCCCUCCUCUGUGCCGUCCACACUGACGCCGCCUCCGCCCACCUUUCCAAGAUCAUGGCCCACAUUGCCCGCCGCAUCAAGGACUCGGCCUCUGACUCCUCUGUUCGCGAUGCCUGCCGCGACGCCGCGGGCUCGCUCGCGGCGCUCUACCUUCGCCCCUGGGUCACGGCAGCGGCUACGACGGAGGACAGCGCUGGCGGCAUCGGAGGGUCAUCUUCGAUGGUGGCGCUGUUCGUGAAGCCGCUGUUCGACGCCAUGGGGGAGCAGAAUAAGGCGGUGCAAGGCGGGGCAGCCAUGUGCCUUGCUAGGGUGGUGGAGUGUGCCGGGGUUAACGAUGAUGGUGGGGAGGGGGAGGAGGGAAGGGUGACGGCGUCGGGGACGAUGCUCCACAGGUUGUGCCCCAGGAUCUGUAAGCUUCUUGGAGGCCAGAGCUUUCUUGCCAAGGGGGCGUUGCUUUCAGUUGUCUCUAGCUUGGCGCAGGUAGGAGCGAUACAUCUGCAGAGCAUGCAACAACUGCUGCAAAUUGUUCGUGAAUGUCUUGAAAGCAGUGAAUGGGCUACCCGUAAGGCAGCUGCAGACACAUUGUGUGUCUUGGCCUCUCACUCGAGUCAUUUGCUUGGUGAUGGAGCUGCAGCAACAAUAACUGCUCUUGACGCUUGCCGUUUUGAUAAGGUAAAACCUGUCAGAGAUAGCAUGAUGGAGGCACUGCAGCUAUGGAAGAAGAUCAAAGGACAAGGAGAGGGUGGAACAUCAGGAGACAAAAAAGAUUCUAGAAACUCUGACUUAACUGAUAGUGAGGAAAAGGCAACUCACAAGAGGUCCAACUCUAAUAAGAGGUCAGAAACUUUGAAAAACUCAUCUGCUGGUUCUUCACCCAGUGAAAAUGAUUCUGUAUCCAGAGGAAAAGGCACUAAUAUGCCUGAGAAAGCAGUCAUACUGUUAAAGAAAAAAGCACCAUCUUUGACUGACAAAGAAUUGAACCCAGACUUCUUCCAAAAGCUUGAGAAGAAGAGUUCAGAUGACCUGCCUGUAGAAGUAGUGUUACCUCGUAACUGUUUGCAGUCUUCCCAUUCACAAUGUGAAGAAGGACCAGAAGCAAUUUAUAGUGAUUCAACGGAAACACCAAAGCAUAGUGGAGCAACACUCCAGCAAUCGGAUGACAUUCAUGGACAUAAUAAUGCUAAUUAUCAUAAUGCAGAGAAACGACUGGGGGUUCACAAUAAUGUGCAAGACUCGGAUUAUUUUCCUAGGGGGAGAUGGAUAGAGCAAAGAGGUAUCAGAGCAAAAGAAUCAAAAGCAGAGGAUUUUGAUGGUGACGAUAGAUUGGAGGUCUGUCAGAAAGAUCCCUCUCCUGGCUGUCUUAAUGUCCCUAGAUCUGAUGCUCAUGCUGAAGGGUCCUUUAUGAGCAAUAAAGCGAAUUGGUCUGCCAUACAGAGGCAGCUAGUCCAAUUAGAGAGGCAACAAAUCAGUCUUAUGAACAUGUUACAGGACUUUAUGGGAGGUUCCCAUGAUAGCAUGGUAACUCUAGAAAAUCGUGUGAGGGGUCUUGAGAGAGUUGUUGAUGAAAUGGCCCGUGAUUUGGCUAUUAAACCAGGAAGGAGAGGUGGAAAUAUGAUGCAGGGAUUCGAUAAAUCUCCAGGUAGGUCUUCAGGCAAGUACAAUGGCCUUCAUGAUUGCUCCAACUCAAAAUUUGGCAGGGACAGUGACGGGCGGUUCCCAUUUCCAGAGAGGUUUCUCUCAUCAGAAAGUAUGGUUUCUGGAGUAAGGAGACGAGGUUCUCCUUGGAGGUCAGAAUCUGAAACAUGGGAUUACCAUGGUGCCUCAAGGAAUGGUGUCGUGAACUCUAGGAGAGGGUUCAAUGCUGUUCCAGUGGAUGGUAGAGUACCUAGAUCUGAGCAUGACGCUGAUCAAGUUGGUGGCAGGUGGGCCUGGGAUAAGGGACCAGGACCAUUUAGGCUUGGUGAAGGGCCUUCUGCAAGAAGUGUUUGGCAAGCCUCAAAGGAUGAGGCUACUUUAGAAGCUAUCCGAGUAGCUGGGGAAGACAACAUAACAUCCAUAACUGCAGCACGAGUAGCUGUUCCUGAAUUAGAUGCUGAAGGUAUAGCAGAUGAUAAUCUGGGGCUGGACAAGGGUCCACUUUGGGCUUCGUGGACUCGUGCGAUGGAUUCACUUUAUGUUGGCGAUGUUGAUUCAGCUUAUGCAGAGAUUCUGUCUACUGGUGAUGACUUAUUACUUGUAAAGCUAAUGGAUAAAUCUGGUCCAGUAUUUGAUCAGCUCUCUAAUGAAAUAGCGAGCGAAGUCUUUCGUGCAAUUGGACAGUUUGUUCUGGAAGAAAGCUUGUUUGAUAUAGCGCUUAGCUGGCUCCAUCAGUUAUCGGAUCUUGUCGUGGAGAAUGGAAGCGAGUUUCUCAGCAUCCCCCUCGAAUGGAAGAGAGAGAUGUUGCUGAAUCUUCGUGAAGCUUCUGUUUCAGAACCACCAGAAUAUUGGGAGGGGACACCACCGGAUCAGCUAAUGAUGCAUUUAGCGGCUGCAUGGGGUCUCAACUAGCAACAGCAUAUUAAGUAGCAUGUAACAAGUUUCUCAUGGGUGUCUAAUUCUAUUUUUUUCAUCAGCUUUGGCUCAUUAGAAGGAUAAGAUAGCGUAUGUAAUGGAAUCUACGAGAAAAAUAUGGAGCUUUUCUAGCAGAAAUGUGACGACACACUUGUGAGGAGUCACUCGUUCUUUACCAA